GUUGUACGUAUUGCCUUAACGCUUUACAAUGAGUUUGGGUCUGCUACUGUUGAUCGGCCUGGGCACGGCUAUCUUCUGGCUAUAUAGACUCAAUAGGGAAUACUAUGUGCUGGCCUUCUUUGCCAAGCGAGUGCGCACUAAGGAUGGACGACCCCUGGAGAGUAUAGCUCCGAUAGCCGAAGGACGAACCAUAUUUGGAAACUGCUUCGAUUUGUAUGGCAGAAAUGAUGCUGAGGUGUUCACCGAUCUGCGCGCAAAAGUCAAGAAAAUGGGUCGCAGCUAUAUAGAAUAUGUCAUGGGCAGAGCCAAGUUCUGCAUAAUUGAUGCAGAGAACUUCGAUAACAUACUGAAUGAUCAGAAUAUGAUAAGCAAAGGACUUGGUUACAAAUUUCUGCAUCCCUUUCUACGCACGGGUCUAUUGACCUCAACUGGUCAGAAAUGGCACUCAAGACGCAAGAUGCUCACGCCCACAUUUCACUUUAAUAUUUUAAGCCAGUUUGCAGAAAUUUUCAAAGCUGAAAGUUUUAAAUUCGUGCAGCAAUUUGAAGGAAAGGACGAAGUCUCUAUCUCCCUAAGUGAGCUCAUACCAAGAUUCACUCUCAACAGCAUUUGUGAGACAGCCAUGGGCAUCAAGCUGGAUGACAUGGCAGCCAAGGGGGAUCGCUAUCGCGAAAACUUCAGCAUGAUCGAAAAGAGAUUUAUAAGCCGCAUAAGCAAUCCCAUAUAUUGGAAUGAUAACAUUUAUCGCCUCUUUGGAGCCAGCAAGGAUAAACAAUUCUUAGAGGAAGUCCAUGGCUUCUCCAGUGAAAUUAUAGCCAAACGGCGAAAGCUUUUGGCAGAAGAAAUUAAAGAACAGAGAAACAAUCAAGAAGCAGUGGAUGAUAUUUAUAUCAAUAAGAAACAACGCUUUGCCAUGCUGGACACGCUGAUCCUUGCCGAAAAGGAUGGCCUGAUUGAUCACGUGGGAAUUUGCGAGGAGGUGGAUACACUCAUGUUUGAGGGCUUCGAUACCACUUCCAUUGGCCUGAUAUUUGGACUCAUGAACAUGUCAUUACACCAAGAUAAGCAGGAACUGUGUUAUCAGGAGAUAAGCGAACAUAUAGCUGAUGAUUUCAGUAACUUGGACCUUAAUGAGCUAUCCAAACUAAAGUAUUUGGAGUGCUUUGUUAAGGAGACGAUGCGACUGUUUCCCUCGGUGCCCGUUAUUAGUCGCAUGACACAAAAGGAAACUGAGCUGCCCAAUGGGCUGAUAUUACCGCCCGGUGCCGUCACUAUGCUGCAUAUCUAUGAGCUGCAUCGCAAUCCCAAGUACUGGAGCUCACCCGAGGAGUUCCAGCCCGAACGCUUUCUGCCCGAGAACAGCAAAGAUCGUCACACCUAUGCCUUCAUGCCCUUCAGUGCGGGCCAACGCAAUUGCAUAGGUCAAAAGUAUGCCAUGCUCGAGAUGAAGACACUGCUCACCGUAGUACUAAAGAAGUUCAAGGUUCUACCUCUCAUUGAUCCCAAGGAUUUAGUUUUCCAGACUGGCAUCACAUUGCGUUGCAAAAAUGAUAUUAAAGUCAAACUAGUCAAACGUGUUUAGGACUAAACUACUUU